CAGAGGUCGUAAACACACGCCUACAUUAUUUUUCCCGCAUGGUGGACUGUCGUUGUUUAUUAUUGUUCCGAUGCAAAGCUCGUUAUAUAUGUGUAGCUAUAUGUAUGUGACUAUGUGUAAUUGUUCUCGUCUUUGAAACAAUGAAAUAGAUGUCAGACGUCACAACCUGUCCAUGAACGGAACUCUUGUAUUUGAGCUUGUUAGCUUGUUAUGCUAGCUAGCUUACAACGCUACUGGAGAGAAAUGAAGACCUCUAAUGGUAACACCAGUGUCAUGGACAUGUUUGAAAAGGGAAAGGUCCUGAAAAUAUGUGCUCCAAUGGUUCGAUAUUCAAAGCUCGCAUUCAGGUCCUUGGUGAGGAAAUACAACUGUGAUAUCUGCUUCACCCCAAUGAUAGUUGCUGCUGACUUCAUGCGAUCUGUCAAAGCCAGAGACAGUGAAUUCACUACCAAUGAGAGUGACCGGCCCCUAAUCGUGCAGUUUGCCUCCCAUGAUGCCCAGACUCUGGCUGAUGCAGCCUGUGUGGUAGCACCUUUCUCAGAUGGAGUUGACCUCAACUGUGGCUGUCCCCAGAGAUGGGCCAUGUCAGCAGGGUUUGGUGCAUGCCUCAUUAACAAGCCUGAACUUGUCAAAGACAUGGUCAGACAUAUCAGAAACCAAGUGGACAAUCCAAACUAUACAGCGUCCAUCAAAAUAAGAAUUCACAAGGACCUGAGGCGGACAGUGGAUCUGUGCCAGAAGGCUGAAUCAGCAGGUGCGUCAUGGAUAACGGUCCAUGGCCGCACAGCAGAAGAACGCCACCAGCCAGUUCAUUAUGAUGCCAUUAAGACAAUCAAGGACAGCGUAUCCAUCCCUGUCAUUGCUAAUGGGGACAUAAAGUACCUCCGUGAUGUGGAGUCGACUCACCAGCUUACUGGUGUCGAUGGUGUGAUGGCUGCACGGGGUUUGCUUGCUAACCCUGCUAUGUUCGCUGGCUAUGAGGAUACUCCUUUGGAGUGUAUAUGGGACUGGGUGGACAUCUCUAUAGAGCAGGGCACUCCAUUCACCUGCUUCCACCACCAUCUUAUCUACAUGCUGGAGAGGGUUAGCUCCCAGCCUGAGAGAAAAGUGUUCAAUUCUCUAUCCAGUACAUCAGCUGUAAUAGAUUACCUCCAGAACACAUAUGGGUCAGUGGAUGGUCUGGGAUCAUGAGAAUAUUGAAAUGUGAUAUUGUUGAUUUUAGUAUUAUGAUUUUAUUUCCACACCAAAUAAAACUGCAAAGCUAUAAGUGUA